CUGGGUUAUCUCUUCUACUUCUCGAUCACUCUCGGUUACAACUACGUGUCAACUUGUUUUAUUUUUCAUCGUUAUCGUAAACGUCAGUUGAAUUAAAUUUUAAAUUUUAACCGCCAUCUCAAAAUAGUAUCUGAUAUUUUUUACUGUCAAUCAGGAUGUCAAGUGUUGAUUUAUGAUAAAAAUAAAAAUAUAUGAAAUUGCAAAUUUUUAAAAAAUUUUUUGUUUUUUUUUUUUUUUAAAUUAAAUAAAUAAUAAGGAUACAAAGUAAAUUUAAAAAUGAUGGCUUGAGUGUUAAAAAUUAAUGGUGGAAAUUAAUGAGUGAAGGUGAAGGUGACAAAUGUGCUCGGCUCGUGCGGUACUUUUUGUGCCGAGACUUUGUUAUUGUUCAAUAUAUAUUUUUAUUAAUAUUAAUAAUAAAAUUGCGGUGACAUAACAAUAGUUUGUCAUAGACUUUAUUUAUAAUGGCACUUAAAAUGAAUCGAGAGUCUAAUAAAUGCUACCGUGGAUUAGUUACUAUUUUUUUUUGUUACGCAGCUCUGGGAUACGGAUUAAUGUUAGAUGAAGAUAAAGAUUCAAACAAUUUCACAGCAGCUGUUGGUGAUUACGUUGUAUUUAAUUGUCAUCUAGAUUUUCCUCACGAAAUACCGAUACCUUAUAUUUUACACUGGAAUCGUGAAGGUCGAACUAUAUUUUCCUGGUACCAAGUUCCGGGUUAUGAACAGGCAAAUAGUGUGCUCUCUAUUGCUGAGGAUUAUGCCGGUCGGAUUCACUUAUUGGAGGGUGAUCGACCUGUUCAUGAAUAUGGACAGGGAAGUAUUAACUUGACCAACAUCAGGGAAAGUGAUCAAGGUUGGUACGAGUGCAAGGUCAUAUUCCCUGAUAGAUCACCUAGUUCACGUAAUAAUGGCACGUGGUUCUUUCUCAGUAUUGAAGGUUUGUCGCGGUCGGCGGAUGGUGUUUCAGGUGAAAAUUUAUUGGCAAUACCACCAGUUAAUAAAACCGUUAUGGAAGGAGAAACUGUUGAGUUUCAGUGUGUUACCAAAAAUUCAAACAUGAUUAUAACAUGGUUACGAGAUAACAUUGAGAUUCCGGAAGUUGAGGAUCUCAGAGAUCGUGCUUCUGUUGAUGACAACGGAACACUGAUCAUUAGACCAUCAGCGAUUGGUGAUUUGGGCGAAUAUACCUGUGUCGUAACUGAUAAUGUCGGAGACCAACAAUCGGCAUCCGCUUUUCUCAACGUUCAAUAUAAAGCGAAAGUUAUUUAUGCUCCAAGAGAAGUAUUUUUACCAUAUGGAAAACCAGCACUUUUAGAUUGUCAUUUUCGGGCGAAUCCGCCAUUGACUAAUUUACGAUGGGAGAAAGAUGGAUUUUUGUUUGAUCCUUAUAAUGUUCCAGGUGUUUUUUACAGAAGAAACGGAUCCUUGUACUUUAGCAAAGUCGACGAAACGCAUUCCGGAAGUUACAGCUGUACUCCUUACAAUGAACUUGGAACCGAAGGUCCCAGUCCUUCAAUUUCAGUGGUUGUGCAGAGACCGCCAAUAUUUACAGUGACUCCACAACGUUUGUAUAUGAGAAAACUUGGCGAAAGUUUGGAAAUACCUUGCGAUGCUCGAGAUGGUGAUCAGUCCCAACCACCCACAAUCGUCUGGUUUAAAAAGGACGGCACACCACUCUCGCAGGAUCGAGCUAUUCUCAAUGGUGGAAAUUUGACGAUCGAAAGGAUUCAAGAACAAGAUCGUGGACUUUAUCAGUGCGCUGCUAGCAAUGAAGCAGCUACUGUCGUCGCAGAUGCUGAACUAAUGGUUUUAAAUGUACCACCACGUGCUCCUUACAAUCUUAAUGCUAAUACAAGUAAAGAUUCGGUCACGCUCACUUGGGUUCCAGGAUAUGUCAGACCGAAAAUGGAAUACGCUGUCUGGUAUAGACCUACUGAUACUACUGAGUGGAAGACAAUGAAAAUUCCGUCGAAGAAAAUAACUGAAGCGACAAUUCUUAACCUCACACCAGGACGUGAAUAUGAAUUCAUGGUACUCAGUCAAGAUAAACACGGUGACGGCAUGUUCAGCAAAUCUAUUAGAGUAUUAACACAAACCAAAUCCGGAGUCUCAUUGAAUCGUAAUUUAGCAUCCGAAUUUAAAAGCACCCAAGAGGAAGGCUUAGAACCUCCAAAAAAUCUAAAAGUUCAAGUAACUGCAGAAGGAUAUUUAGUUACCUGGGACCCACCAUUGAAUGCUGAUAUAAAACUUUAUGUCGUAAGAUGGUUUCGGGGUACAACUGAUGAACAUUUGCACGGUAGAGCUGAGACUACAGACACAUUUUAUUUAAUUAAAAGCUUAGAAGAAGAAAGCAGUUACAUUUUCGAAGUAUCGGCAAUGUCUAGUUCUGAUGAUGUAUCAACCAGUGAACAAUUUACAUUAGAAGUUCCAGCUUAUCGAAGAAAUCGUGCUAUUUCUAUGGGAAUCGUAGCGGGAAUUGGAUUUUUAGCCGCUGCACUUGCUGCAAUUUGGUGGUCACGAAAACGAUUUUGUCAACCGACAAUAAAUAAAUAAAUAAAAUAAUUAUUAUAAGCAAAUUAAAAGAAAAUUUUCUAAUGUACUAAUUUAUAGAAAUAAAAUUAAAUAAAUUGUGUCUAUAUUAUAGGAUAUUCUUAUGGUAUAGAAUUGUAUGUUACAUUUUUGGAAAAAUCUGCCGGACAAAUUUUAAGUCCUCUUGUAUG